UGGUUCUCUGGUUUUACCACAAAGAAUUGCAUCCACUGAUGCUCUGUCUUUCUAGGCUGGGUGGUAUGAAAAGUACGGACCUCAGAGAUUCAAAGACCCAUGUUCAGCUCCCAGCUCUGCUACUUACAAGCUUGGAGCAGGAGUCUGACACAUAGUGAGUUCCUGCCACAUUGUAAGCACCCAAGAAAUAUUAUUUUCCCUUUUCAAAUCGUACCUGUCAUUUCUUUGUGCACUCCAGAUCACAUGUCCUGACUGUCUGAAGAGAAUCAGGUCUAUCUUUUCCACUCCUUUUCUCAUGCUCACCUUAUAUUUCUUUCUCCAGCUUCUCAAAUCCAAGUCUCAUCUGGCACUUGGGGUAUCUGAUUAGAGCCCCCUCUGUCUCUUGACCAUCCUGGGUUGACACAGGCCCCCAGUCUUGCCUCAGUGUCCAUCGCAUUCCUCUCUUCACUCCAGACCACACCCCUGUCGUCGGAGCCUGUUCAGAAAUGCCCCAGACAGCACAGCUUUGGGGCAUCAAGGCCUGUGGAUUUUCGCUAUUACAAGAAAGCCCAGACCUCAGGGGAAGGUGGAAGUGGGCUUCUGGUAGGGGCCACACAACCACUCAGGCAAUGAACAAAAUUUUUUAAAAUCUUAGAAUGCAUUUGAAAGGAGAAAACUUAGAUUGUGAUCAUAAGCAACUCAUUAGGCCAUCAAGAAGUGUUGUGAAUUCCACGAAUCCCACUAGGCUGUCUGCUCUGUGACUCCAGUCCCUUGUCUGCAGCCUAAGAAGGAAGGGACUGAGACACCUCACCUUUUACGAGCGAAGGUGUGUGACAUCGCUCUGGAGGAGCCGUGGAGCCCGAGCCUGCUCCGUGGUGAUACUCACGGUGAUGCUCAGCCUGAGGCUGCCUUUGCUUUGUGCGAUUCUUUAGGAGCAGGUUUACCGUUCUGACCAAAGUGUUCUUCUUUUAUUUAUAGUUUCCAUAAAGCUAGUCAGACUCUGGUAAUAAGUGAUAACUGCUUGGGAACAGAAACAGUGAGGGGCAUUUUGAGAGGCAGCUUUGGAGCGCGUUUGGAUUCUGAUUGCUUUUCAGCCACACGUUCAUGUCUGGAACCUCCUCAGCAUUCCUUACCUGGCAGAACGUUCUAGUGAUGAGCGACAGUUGUCAAAAUCUUCCCAAGAUCAGCGAACAGAGGCCACGGUCCAAAACCACGGUGGGGAAGCCAGGGGACACCAAGCCCCUCCACAGGGAGCAUCCUAAACAGGAGCUUGUCAAUCACACUCAUAAGGAGAGUGCUGACUUUGGCUUAAGUAUAUCUGGAGUCAACAAAGGCAGUGGAGAAGCAAACAUCCGCCCCCCAAAAGGCCAAAUCAUUGACUUCCGAGGGCUGCUCACAGAUGCCAUAAAAGGAGCAACCAGCGAACUUGGCUUGAACAGCUUCGACUGUAACCCAGACCCUUCAGAACGACUGUUGAAACCUCUGAGUGCAUUUAUUGGCACGAACAGUGAGAUGCGAGAAUUGGCAGCCGUGGUGAGCCGGGACAUUUAUCUCCAUAAUCCAGACAUAAAGUGGAAUGACAUUAUUGGACUCGAUGCCGCCAAGCGGUUAGUCAAAGAAGCUGUUGUGUAUCCUAUAAGGUACCCACAGCUGUUUACAGGAAUCCUUUCGCCCUGGAAAGGACUGCUGCUCUACGGACCUCCAGGUACAGGAAAGACUCUGCUGGCCAAAGCUGUGGCUACGGAAUGCAAAACAACCUUCUUUAAUAUUUCUGCAUCUACCAUCGUAAGCAAAUGGAGAGGGGAUUCAGAAAAACUUGUUCGGGUGUUAUUUGAACUUGCGCGCUAUCACGCCCCCUCCACCAUCUUCCUGGACGAGCUGGAGUCAGUGAUGAGUCAGAGAGGCACGGCUCCUGGGGGAGAGCAUGAAGGAAGCCUGCGGAUGAAGACAGAGUUACUGGUGCAGAUGGAUGGGCUGGCCCGCUCCGAGGAUCUCGUGUUUGUCUUAGCAGCCUCCAACCUGCCGUGGGAGCUAGACUGUGCCAUGUUGCGGCGCCUGGAGAAGAGGAUUCUGGUGGACCUCCCAAGCCAGGAGGCCAGGCAGGCCAUGAUCCACCACUGGCUGCCGCCCGUGUGCAGGAGCAGCGCCGUGGAGCUGCGCGCGGAGCUGGAGUACAGCCUGCUGAGCCGGGAGACAGAGGGCUACUCGGGCUCGGACAUCAAGCUAGUCUGCAGGGAAGCAGCCAUGCGGCCUGUGAGGAAGAUCUUCAGUGCCCUUGAAAAUCACCAGUCAGAGAGCAGCAGUUUACCUGGGAUCCAGCUGGAUACCGUGACCACUGCUGACUUUCUGGAUGUGCUAGUCCACACCAAGCCUUCAGCAAAAAAUCUGACUCAGAGAUACUCAGCCUGGCAAAGCGAGUUCGAGUCUGUGUGAAAUCACAUGUACCCUGACUUGGCCACAGAGACAACUACAGAGGCCUCCUCAUUAAUCAGUGUAAGUGGAAGAAGAACUAUUACACUUGGAAUAGAAAACAGAAAAUUAUUCUUGAAGACUGGAUUAAUUUGGACAACUGUACCAUUUUGGAAACAUACAUUUUCAUGGUCGAUGUCAGCAAAAUAUUGAAGAUUCCAAUUACAGGUAUGUGUGCUAUGAGGUCUUGCAACGGAGACUUUUCUCACAAUGAGAUCCCAUAAAAUUCAGAUGAAUACUUUCUUGUAGUGUUCCUCAUUUGUGAACUGGCAUUUUCAUUUUGAAAAAGAUGUGGUAAGGAAAGUUGUGCUGGGAUGCAGAGGGUGGUUCUAAGUUGGGGAGCCAAUCAGAAGCUAAGCUUGACAGACCAUCUGACAGCUGACAGUUCAAGGGUGGGUAAGGGUGGGAGCAAGGAAGAGAAACAGCGUCUGCUUCUCUUGACAAUAUUCUGAAUCUCAUCUGCUCUCCCUGAUUCCGACUCCAGUCAGUUUUAUCGGCAGAGCAAAGCCCUACCAGACUAGCCCCACUCAGGAAUAUCACUGGCCCGUCUCUGGAGAUGAGCUAAUAGCAGUGGUAACAAGCACCCCACUAUCACUACCUACCAGUUGCAAUGUUUUGAGUCCUGGCCCCUAAGAACAUCUUCACAUCUCACAUCCUGUGUGUCCUGCCCUUCUCUUUCCAUUGCCACAGCUCCUCAUUGGAUCCAAAACUUAGGAUGGGGUACCUGAGCUUCUAGAACAGUCUUCCCUGCUCUUAGGCUCCUCCACGUCUCCUUAUGGGGCUGUAAACAGCUAGAAACAUCUCAUUCAGACACCCACAAUCUGAGGCAUCUACUUUCAACUCCUGGUAAAUUUUGAAGGCUUCCACUAAGUAAUGCCACCCCUCCCGCUGCUUAGAAUUUUCCUGUGGUCGCCUUUUGUUGUCCCCCUUGCCUUGUUUUCUUCAUCCCUGCAAGGCAGACUCCUCCAGAGAAGAAAACACUUCCAGGAAAAGGGACAUUUUGGCUAAAUAGUCCAAAGUAUUUCACCCUUUUAAACAACAACAUUUUGGGGUUUUGAUUAUUUUGAAUAGAAUAGUCUCAAAUGCCUCUUAAAAUAUCAUUUUUUGGAAAAUGUAGUCAAAUUGAAUAAGUUUAAAAGAAAAAAAAAAGACAUUUCAUCUUAGUAGAAGCUCAGCUGAAACUUCUUCAUGGUCACUAGGUAGUACCCUGUGAGCACUGCUGAGACACAGACAUGGAGGUCUCUUAAGUUCAAUGGCCUAGACUGCUGUGGCGUUCAAUUUCCAACAUCUGCCGUCUGUGCUUUUGGGUUAUUUUCUUUGUCAGGCUGUCAGCUGACAUUUCUUACAGCUGUUAGUCCAUUUGCUUGUGGCCUUUGCCACCCUUUCUGAUUUCAUAAAAUCUCAAGUGGAUGGAACCUCAAUUAUAGCUAAUUUGCUGUGGUUGGAAAGCAGGUUAAGUGUGCACUAUAUCCGUACCUAAGAAUGAACAGUCAGAGGGGCAGGGGAGGGCUCCCGUGGAGAGCAUGCUUUGUGACAAUAGGGUUGGGCCCUUUUCGCUUACUGCCCCGGAGUUCCUGAUUCCGUUCAGGUAAGUGUGGUUUGGCCAUCCCUCCCAGCACACACCGGUAACCUUUCACUUCCAAAACCCACCUCCACAUCCUCCCUCCAUUCCUUUUAAGAAUCUCUAAAGGGCUUCCCUGGUGGCGCAGUGGUUGAGAGUCCGCCUGCCGAUACAGGGGUCACGGGUUCGUGCCCUGGCCUGGGAAGAUCCCACAUGCCGCGGAGCAGCUGGGCCCGUGAGCCAUGGCCGCUGGGCCUGCGCGUCCGGAGCCUGUGCUCCGCAACGGGAGAGGCCACAACAGUGAGAGGCCCACGUACC